AAAAAGGUAAAGAAAGAAAGAGUGAAGGAAAGAGAAAUAUUCAAUCUGAUUGAAUGCAGUUUUGACGUCCGCAAGAACUCUCUCUCUAACUUUCUCGCUCUAAAGAGGACAGCGCAGAAACUCAGAGAAAACUCUUCUCUCUACUGAAACUUCUUCACUUUGACAAAGCAAAGUCCCCAAGCUAAUUUGAGCUGUGGAUCUUGUUCUAUGCACUUUAUUGCGCGAUUUAGGGCUCGAUCAAGUGAACAUGGAUAAGUGGAUAGAGAUAUUUAGUUGAGCAGAAAAAGAGAGGCUUUGGAAGUUUAAGAGUUAAAGCUGCUUGUAGCUUGUACUUGGUUAAAGCUAUUGAUGAUGCACAACAGGUUUUCUCAGCAGUGAGGGUCCUCCCUUUGGUUUGGCUCAAAAUAGGGACUUUGGAAUGUCAAUUGAUGUAGUAGGUUCUGCUUGUUGUUCUGUGUAAUUCUCUUUUCAGAGUGAAGUAUAAAGUCUCCAGAUCUGGGGUGUUAGGCUUCAUUCCGUUUUAGUUUUCUAUAAUUUUUUUAGUGUUUGUAGAUUGUUAUCUAUUGCAUAAAAGAUAUGGUGCCACCAGGACCUCCUAAUCCACUUGGAGGUGCCCAGCCUGUCCCGUCUUCGUUAUUGCGAUCAAAUUCUAGUUUAUUGGGUGGUCAAGGGGGUGGAAUGCCUACCCCAGGUGGUUUCCCUUCUAUUGUGUCACCUCGGACUCAGUUUGGUAACAUGAAUAUGCUAGGAAAUGCUCCAAAUGUUUCGUCUCUGCUCCAUCAGUCCUUAGGAAAUGGUGGUCAUAAUUCAGGGCGAGCUGAUAAUGGGGCCGAGUCUGAUCCAAUGGCCAGUGCUGGCAAUGGUAUGGGGUUUAAUGCUCCUUCAACAUCUUUUAGCUCAUCGGCCAUGGCAGCAAAUCCAAAUUCAGGUCAAGUUCAGGGACAGCGGUUUCCCAGCCAUUCUGGUAACCAGAUGUUAACUGACCAAUCACCGUCCCAACAGCUUGAUUCCCAGAACUACCAACAUAAUCAACAAUUUCAGCAAUUUUCUGCCCCUAGCAAUUCCCAAACACAGCAACAGCAGCAGCAAUUUCAAUCCAUGCGAGGUGGAUUAGGAGGUGUAGGACCUGUCAAACAGGAGCCCCAAGUGACCAAUGAUCAAACUCCACAGCAGUUGCAAGCACUANAAGCCCUGCGAAACCUGGCAACUGUAAAGCAGGAGCCCCAACAGAUACAAAGUAUGAGAGGCCUUGCCACUGUGAAGAUGGAGCCACAACAUUCCUCACCCUCUUUGUAUCUACAUCAGCAACAGCAGCAGCAGCAGCAACAACAGCAAUUACUUCACAUGUCCAAGCAGUCCCCUCAAGCUGCAGCAGCAGCUCAGCUUUUUCACCAGCAGAGGCUUAUGCAGCUCCAGCAGCAACAACAGCAACAACAACUCUUGAAGGCUAUUCCUCAGCAGAGAAACCCACUUCAACCGCAAUUUCAACCACAGAAUCAUACUAUAAGGUCUCCUGUAAAACCAGCUUAUGAGCCUGGGAUGUGCGCCCGUCGGCUGACUCAUUAUUUGUAUCAGCAGCAACACAGGCCUGAAGAUAAUAACAUAGAGUUCUGGAGAAAAUUUGUUGCCGAGUAUUUUGCUCCAAAUGCCAAGAAAAAGUGGUGCGUCUCUAUGUAUGGAAGUGGUCGGCAGACCACUGGAGUUUUUCCUCAGGAUGUAUGGCACUGUGAAAUAUGCAACCGCAAGCCAGGCCGUGGUUUUGAAGCGACCGCUGAAGUCUUGCCCAGGCUUUUCAAGAUAAAAUAUGAAAGUGGGACCUUGGAAGAGCUACUCUAUAUUGAUAUGCCUCGUGAAUAUCAGAAUUCAUCUGGACAAAUUGUCCUAGACUAUGCAAAAGCAAUUCAGGAGAGUGUUUUUGAGCAACUUCGCGUUGUACGUGAUGGUCAGCUUCGAAUAGUGUUUUCACAGCCUGAUCUAAAGAUCAUCUCUUGGGAAUUUUGUGCUCGACGUCACGAGGAGCUAAUCCCUAGAAGAUUGUUGAUACCUCAGGUAAGUCAACUCGGUGCUGCAGCUCAAAAGUACCAGGCAGCAACCCAAAAUGGAUCAUCUACUGCAUCUGUUUCUGAGUUGCAGAAUAACUGCAAUAUGUUUGUUGCCUCAGCUCGUCAGUUGGCAAAAGCUUUGGAAGUUCCAUUGGUAAAUGAUCUAGGGUAUACAAAGAGAUAUGUGCGAUGCCUUCAGAUAUCAGAAGUUGUUAAUAGCAUGAAAGAUUUGAUUGACUACAGCAGAGAGACAAGGACAGGGCCUAUGGAGAGCUUGGCUAAGUUUCCUCGUAGGAAUGGUUCAUCGGUUGGGGUACAUGAUCCAGCUCAACCAUCUGAGGAUCAGUCUCAGCAGCAGCCACAGUUACAGUCUCAGCAGCAGCAACAGCAACAACAGACGGCCAGUCAGAACUCAAACCACGACAGCUCUGUCCAGGCUGGUGCAAUGCAACUUGCUUCCAGUAAUGGGAUUCCAAGUGUAAACAACUCUUUGAACCCAGCAUCUGUUACUUCGUCUAGUAGUUCUGUUGUUCGGCUAUUGCAUCAAAAUUCCAUGACCUCUAGGCAACAGACCCCAAUGAAUGGUGUGAACAGCCCUUAUGCAGGAAAUGGUGUGAAUAGCCCCUAUGCGGGAAAUGCUGUUCAAAUGCCUUCACCAAGUUCUUCAAAUACAAUGCCACAAUCUCAACCAAACCCGUCUACGUUCCAAUCCCCAACACCGUGUUCAUCAAGCAAUCCACCACAAACUUCUCAUGGUGGCUUAUCAUCAGGACCACAUGUGAAUUCUGCCAAUUCCCCGAAUAUUUCAGUUCAUCAACCCACUCUUUCAGGUGAUAUUGAUGCUAAUGACUCUCAAAGUUCUGUACAAAAGAUCAUACAUGAUAUGAUGAUGUCUUCCCAACUUGGUGGAGGUGGCCUUGUAGGUGGUGGUACCAUGGUGAAUGAUAUUAAAAGUGUAAAUGGUAUGAUAGCAACUGCUAAUAAUUCCAUUCUUAAUGGAAGCAGCUGCCUUGUUGGGAAUGGGACAGCAAAUGCUAAUAUAGGUAUGGGUCCAGGAUAUGGCAACAUGGGCAACGGACUGAGCCAGGCUGCAAUGGCCAAUGGAAUUCGGGCUGCAUUAGGUAAUAAUUCCGUGGCUAUGAAUGGAAGAGUAGGCAUGCCAAUGUCACGAGAGCAAAGUAUGAGUCAACAGCAACAAGAUUUGGGAAACCAACUACUUAGUGGUCUAGGAGCAGUCAAUGGUUUCAAUAACCUUCAGUUUGACUGGAAAACAUCUCCCUAAAGGUUUCGACUUGGCUGUCGCUAAGAAAGUAUGAACAAGGUGACAAGAUCCUUCUUGUGGAUGUAAUUGCUUAUUUGGUCUUCAUGCCACUGCUUUGUGCUACAAAGUUAACGUGAGUUUGCCUUGCAAACUGGGAGUAGAUAUGGUUCCUGAAGAGAGAUCAUUUCAGGGCUUGCUUCCAUUGUACUGAUUUGCGAGAGAAGCAAAAUAUGUAGCACAGUAAUUUCAUGGUUGAAAUGUUACAUCACCUGAGGUUGCAUAAGAUUCUUCUAACUUGAUUUUGUCUGGUUUAUCACAGCUACUUAUUUGCACUAACAGUCUUGAAUAGGACAUUGCAGAAGUGACUUGGCGAACACUUGUACCCUUUCGAGGCAUUUGUAAACUACCGAAUCUGCUGAGAGCUUGCCCAUCUUGUGCUGUACCUCCGUCACCGCUCCGGAACAUGAGUGUAUAUAGUCUGGAUUGUGUGGCAGGAUUUUUUAUUAUAGAACUUUCAGGAGCUGGUAGAAUUGCCUUGCCACUUGUUCCAUGGGCAAUGUGUCUCAUGCAAUCACUUCAUUUCUCCUCUCCCCUGACUCCUACUAUGUUUUUAUAUCAAUAACAGUUUUGAUUA